CAAAGAGGAGAAAGAGUCCAACUGUCUGCAAUUUAGCGCAAGAAUGCAAACAUGAAGACAUCUGCUCAGUUUGUCUUAUUCCUGACGGUGUUGCUCUCAGUUGGAAAGAUUCUUCUGACAUCGUCCUCGUUGUUGCAUCAACAGACUGAUUUCAAAUCAGCUCACAAAGGUGAAACUGUGUUUUUACCAUGUAUCUAUGAAGUGGAUGAUCUAAUAUGGGUCUCGUGGUACAAACAAGCUUUGGGACAGAAACCAAAGCUGGUCUCAAGAUUUUUCAGAUAUAGAAAACAACCCAAUUUCUUCCAUGACUUUAAUGACAAUCCACGCUUCUUACUGCAUACAGAAAACCAAAAUAAUCACCUGACAAUUUUAGAUCUACAAUAUUCAGAUUCUGCUACUUACCUAUGUGUAGCAAACUUUGGAAAAGAUCUGAAUUUCUCAUCAGCUUUUACCAUCGAUGUAAAAGGUUCAGGUUUAACCAUCCAGACUUCAGUGAGUCCGUCGUCCUCUGAGAACAUCCAUGCAGGAGACUCUGUGAUUCUGAACUGUACAGUCCACACUGGGAGCUGUGAUGAAGAACACAGAGUUUACUGGUUCAAAGACUCUGAAGACUCUCAUCCAGGACUCAUUUACACUCAUGGAGGCAGGAAUGAUCAGUGUGAGAGAAAGAACACACAAACACACAGUUGUGUCUAUGAGCUGCACAUGAAGAACCUGACAGAGUCUCAUGCUGGGAUCUACUACUGUGCUGUUGUCUCAUGUGGACACAUACUGUUUGGAAACGGGACCAAGCUGGAUCUCAUAGACUCUGCAGCUCCUCUGAACUCUGUGAUUCUGAACACUUUGGUUGGAUUAUUGACGGUCAUGAGCGUCCUCGUUGUUUUUCUGCUUUUUCUGCUUUGGAAAAUCAACAAGAGCAACAACUGCACCUCCACAGAGGAAAGAUCGCCUGCUGCCCCCUUAAGAAGCACAGAGGCUGAGAACAAAGACACAGAAAGCCUCCAUUAUGCUGCUGUUAAUGUUAAGAAGUCCAACAGAUCAAGAAGUCAGAAGAACGACAUAAACACAGACUGUGUUUAUGCCAGUGUGAGACAGCAGAACUGAACCUUUAGGUCACUGAAGAGCUUAAAUUAUUUUUUUCUCUUAAAAACAAAAAAUGUUAAACUGUAUUUUUUUCUAAGUUUUUAUCAUUCAA